AAAAAAAAAAAAAAAAGAAGAAGAAAAAAGAACCCUUUUUAUUAUUUCAAUCUAGAAACAUCACUAAAGAGCCAAAAUUAGAUAUUGAAUUAGAUGAUUUAAUUUGGAUAUUUAGAAAUUAGGGAACAUCUGCAAAUAGAUUAAGAGCAGGUUUGUUUUUUUUUAAAAGAUAUUCCAAAUAUAUGCUCCCCGCUUAAAGACUGCUGAAACAUUCAAAUUUUUAAAAUGAAUUGUUUCCACAUUUCCCACCAUCAGCCCCUUCUGCCCCUACCUCCUACUCUCAGGAUGUAAUAAGUGAUAUUUUGUCUGGCAACCAUAUUUUCCUUUUGUCAUGAUAAGGGCUUCUGAUCAGCAUAACUGGGCUUCCAAUACUGAGCUGAUUGGAGCUAGAAAGGAAACUAUGGAGCUAGUAUGUGCAACUUGCUCAUAGAUGUUUUCCUAACGGGAUUCCUUUAGACUUGAUGAAUUUUUGAAAACAGCUCCUGGCGCUUUGUGGGGUUUUAGUGAACUCAGUUUGGAAGUUGGAACUGCUUUUUCAGCCUUUUAGUCCAUUUAAAAUGACACAUUUCAAGUGUGUUCGUAAGUAGUGAACAGUUCAGGGAUAAAGUACUGGAUUGACUUAAACAUGGAUUUAAGCACGUCUAUGUAAUUCUCAGGAAUGUUGAGCCAAAUGGCCAGCUUUUCUCCGUGGGAAACACAUUCAGCCCUACAGGGCCCCCUGAAAGGCUCCCGCUUGAAAACAAGUGCUCCGGCCUGGAAUUUCCCGCUGACCCGCUCAUGGGCGAGGUCUCUGACCCCUUGUUCGCCCCUAGACCCUCCUAAGUCGGGCUCACGACCGGCGCAGCGGGCUUGGCCACGCGCUGACCGCUCUCCAGGGGCCGCCCCCACGGGUCCAGGGCCUGCCCGCUCACGAUUAGGGGUCCCGGCCAGACGCACGCCCAGGAGUCGCACCUCGCCCCCGCCAGCCCAUGGACCCAGCGGACCCGGCGGCUAUUGUCGUACUGGGCGGAGGGCAGGGCGAGGGAGGCAGACCUGAGCCCGUUCUGACCUGGGUAGGGGGGCGUGCGGCUUCAGAACGGCUCGGGCUGGGUGGGGGCGGCCCAAUUCUCGCGAGGUUUCGGCCCGGAGGCGAGGCAGCAGCGGCGGCUCUGUGACGGGUGCGGGAUGCGCUCCGAAAAGGAGGGCGGCGAAGGCCCCAGGGUGGCCGUUGUUGCGCGGGGCCCGAGCGGGAGGGAGAAGGCUUUGCCUGCGGAAAUCCAAAUCUGCCAGGAAUCUCUGCGGCGAGAGCUCGAGACGCCACUGGCCCCGUCCUCCGGUAGUGGGGGAAACGGAGGCAAACCUCGCGAGGAAAAGAGAACGGUUUUGAGCAAGGUGGUUGUCCGGCGGCUCCCUCCCAGCCUCACCAGGGAGCAGUUGGAAGAGCAGCUCCAGCCCCUGCCCGCACACGAUUACUUUGAGUUCUUUACUGCUGAUCUCAGUCUUUAUCCUCAUCUCUACUCAAGAGCAUACAUUAAUUUCAGAAAUCCUGAUGACAUCCUUCUUUUUAGAGAUCGUUUUGAUGGAUAUAUCUUCAUUGACAGUAAAGGCCUAGAAUAUCCUGCAGUGGUAGAAUUUGCUCCAUUCCAGAAGAUAGCCAAAAAGAAGCUAAAGAAAAAAGAUACCAAAACUGGAAGCAUUGAAGAUGAUCCAGAAUAUAAGAAGUUUUUAGAGACUUACUGUGUGGAGGAGGAGAAAGCUAGUGCCAAUCCUGAAACUCUUUUGGGAGAUGUAGAGGCAAAGACAAGAGAACUUAUUGCCAGAAGAACCACACCUCUUUUGGAAUAUAUUAAAAAUAGAAAGUUAGAAAAGCAGAGAAUUCGAGAAGAAAAGCGAGAAGAACGGAGGAGGAGGGAGUUGGAAAAGAAACGCUUACGGGAAGAAGAGAAAAGACGACGCCGGGAAGAGGAGAGAUGUAAGAAGAAAGCUUCAGAAAAGCAAAAGAAAACUGCUGAGAAAGAAGUAAGGGUGAAGCUUCUCAAGAAACCAGAAAAGGGAGAAGAGCCAGGCGCUGAGAACCCUAAGGAAAGAGGAGAAGAGAUUGACUUUGGAGGUGGGAGCCGAGAACCAGGUCCCAGCUGUGCAGGCGUGACACCCAGGCCCUCAGAGAGUUCACUGGAGGAACUCCCAGAACCGUCACAAAAUGACAGUGAUAAAGAGCAAAGGGACAUGGAGAGAAGAUGCCAAGAAAAAGAACUGGAAGCAGAGAGACACUACUUGGAUGAAAACAGAAGGCACAGAGCUCACUCUGGGUUGGACAAGUUUUCAGGAAGAAGUGAGGAGGAGCCGAGAUGGGGCAGAGGAUUCACCCCAGACAGAGGCAAGAGAGGGAGCCAGGAUGGGCGUGUCCCUGUGGAGGCGGCAGAGAGACCAGGAAGGGAGAGGAGUGACGACGGACUGGCGCCCAGGAGGGAGCGCUUGGGAAACAAGGACCGGCUGGGCUCACAGCCGUAUCAGCCCAGAACUUGCAUCCGAACCCUCGAAUGUGGUGGAAGACCCUCUGAGGGGGGCCGUGAUGGCAGGAGGGGUGAGGAAGAAGACUCAGCAGGGGCUGCACCUAAAAAGAGUGAAGAGGCAGAGCCUGCCCAUGAGCGCCUGGGGAAUCCUGCCCGGCCUCCCGUGGAGUAGAGAGACAUUCCAAAAAUGCGUAAAUUAGCCUGGAAGAAAGCCAGCAAGGUAAAUUUACUCCUUCUAAAUAAACAAGAAACCAGAACCAUAAAGGUGGCAUAGAAACAUCUAGAAACUAUUCUUAAGAAGUGAUCUUUAAAAAAUUAGAACAGAGUUUUCAUUUUUACCAUUUCUAACAUAAACUAGUAUAUAUAAAUUAGCCAAAACAGAAAAAAUAUCUGCUUUAGAAAGCAGAAAAAUGUGACCCAAACUGGAAGAAAACUGGUGUGGGAUCAGUGUGAAUUCUGAGGCACUUUAGACAUGUUGUAGGAGUAACUUGGACUUUUGAAUUUUGCACAUCCACAGGCACAUGAUCUGUCGGUGUCCCUGUUUGACUGUGCUUUUUGUUGGGUUUUCUGGGCUGUAGUCUCUGGAGAGCAAGCUGCUCUCAUUCCAUUACAAUCUCUGUAAUUCACACACUGUCUGUGUAAGGAUUCCCUGAGGUCUGUUGUGUGGCAGUCCCACUGUAUAAAGCCCAGCAGCUUUAAAAGUUGCCCUUUUCGCAAUAUGGCCACUGAGUUCAUGAAAGUAGUUUCAGUCUUUGGUGGACGUGCUUGUGGUUUAUAACAUAAAUGGCGUUAUUUUGAGAGAGGUAGGUAUGGCAUCGAGGGUUUUCUUUUUGCAGUGUGAAGCAGUUUUAAAAUAAUGUAGCUUUCACAACUGUGCAUUUUAUAGUACUUUUCCCCUUUGGUGAAAUUUUUGAAUGUUAAUGAUUUUGGCACUGUGCUUUGAACUGUUAAUAAAGAUUUUAGUUGCUAUGAAUUUGAA